CGAUGCAAAUGGAAUUUAAGUAGCAUUCAUCAAACUGUGAAAAUCGGAGAAAACACAUGGUGGCGCUGCAGGAUAAUGCUACUGAAAAGAAAUUACAUUAAAUGCUGCAGACACUCAGCCCCAGUGAGCACGGAAAACUAGGAAGAAAUAACAAGUCAUGGAGGUGCUACCAAGAAACGGUUUAUCCUUCGGAUUCUGAGGAUCCUGUGGACAAAUAAAAGGGCACAUUUUACAGAACUGCGUGGUGGAGCAGAAGUGAUUCUUUCAAAAGCGUGCUGGAAAGGAGUAAUGGAGAACCCACAGGAAAGCUGUCUGCAGACCAGGCAAGCAAGGCAAGUCCUGCUUCUCUUUGUUUUGCUGGGAAUAGCUCAAGCACACGGUAGGCCUGGGAGACUUUCUGUGGUGGAGGAGACGCUGAGUGGGGCCUUAGUAGUCAAUCUGGUAAAGGACCUGGGGCUUGAGUUGGGUGAACUGUCUUCACGCGGGGCUCAAGUGGUCUCUAAAGAUAACAAACUGCCUUUGCAAUUGAACAUAAAUUCAGGAGAUUUGCUCCUAAGUGAACCUCUAGACAGGGAGGUGCUGUGUGGCUCCUCCGAGUUCUGCAUGCUGCAUUUCCAGGUGUUAAUGAAAAAUCCCUUACAGAUUUUGCAAGUUGAGUUGGAGGUCAAGGAUAUCAAUGACAACUCCCCAGUAUUCUUGGAAAAGGAAAUGGUUCUAGAAAUCCCAGAGAAUAGCCCUGUUGGUGCUGUGUUCUUACUAGAAAGUGCGACAGAUUUAGAUGUAGGAACCAAUGCUGUGAAAAAUUAUGUGAUAAGCCAGAACUCCCAUUUUCAUGUUACAAUGAGAGUUAAUCCUGAUGGCAAGAUAUAUCCAGAGUUAGUUUUGGACAAGGCACUGGAUUACGAGGAGCAGCCUGAGCACAGUCUCAUCCUCACUGCUUUGGAUGGUGGGACUCCACCCAGGUCUGGGACUGCCUUGGUUCGGGUGGAAGUCAUAGAUAUUAAUGACAUCCCCGAGUUUGAGCACAUGUUCUAUGAAGUGAAGAUUCCAGAAAAUAACAUCCUUGGCUCACUGGUUACCACUGUGUCAGCUUGGGAUCUAGACUCCGGAAUUAAUGGUGAAGUAUCCUAUGCCUUUUCUCAUGCAUCAGAGGAUAUCCAAAAGAAAUUUGCAAUUAAUAAAAACUCUGGAGAAAUACGAUUAAUAGGAUAUUUGGACUUUGAAACAACUGAAUCCUACUCAAUAAUUGUUAAAGCUACAGAUCGGGGAGGACUUUUUGGGAAAUCUACAGUAAGAAUUCAGGUGAUGGAUGUUAAUGACAAUUUUCCUGAAAUUGAUGUGUCAUCAUUUACCAGUCCAAUCCCAGAAAAUACCCCGGAUACUUUAGUUAUGGUUUUUAGUAUCCAAGACAAGGACUCAGGAGAGAACAGCAGAAUAGUAUGUUCUAUUCCGGAGGACCUCCCGUUUGUGCUAAAGUCUUCGAUUGAAAAUUAUUAUCACUUAGAAACGGAGGGCUCACUGGACAGAGAAAGCAGAGCUGAGUACAACAUCACCAUCACGGUCACCGACCUGGGCACACCCAGACUCACAACCCAACACACCAUAAUUGUGCAGGUGUCUGAUGUCAACGACAACGCCCCCGCCUUCACACAAACCUCCUACACCCUAUUUGUUCAGGAGAACAACAGCCCCGCCCUGCACAUAGGCACCAUCAGCGCCACAGAUUCAGACUCAGGCUCCAAUGCCCACAUCACCUACUCGCUGCUGCCCACCCACAACCCACAACUGGCCCUCUCCUCGCUUAUCUCCAUCAAUGCAGACAAUGGGCAGCUGUUCGCGCUUAGGGCUCUGGACUAUGAGGCCCUGAAGACCUUCGAAUUCCAAGUGGGAGCCACAGACCAAGGCUCUCCAGCACUCAGCAGCCAGGCCCUGGUGCGCGUGCUCGUGCUGGACGCCAAUGACAAUGCGCCCUUUGUGCUCUACCCUCUGCAGAACGCAUCGGCACCUUGCACUGAGCUGCUGCCCAGGGCAGCAGAGCCGGGCUACCUGGUCACCAAGGUGGUGGCUGUGGACCGUGACUCUGGCCAGAAUGCCUGGCUGUCCUUCCAGCUGCUCAAGGCCACGGAGCCUGGGCUGUUCAGUGUGUGGGCUCACAAUGGCGAGGUGCGCACCUCCAGGCUGCUGAGUGAGCGUGAUGCUCCCAAGCACAGGCUGCUGCUGCUGGUCAAGGACAAUGGCAAUCCUCAGAGGUCUGCCAGUGUCACUCUGCAUGUGCUGGUGGUGGAUGGUUUCUCUCAGCUCUACCUGCCUCUGCCUGAGGUGGCACACAGCCCCACACAGGAAAAAGACGUAUUGACUUUGUACUUGGUCAUUGCGUUGACGUCUGUGUCUUCGCUCUUCCUCUUGUUUGUGCUAUUGUUUGUAGGGGUGAGGCUAUGCAGGCGGUCCAGGGCAGCCUCUAUGGGUGGCUGCUCUGUUCCUGAGGGACACUUUCCUAGCCAUCUGGUGGAUGUCAGUGGUGCGGGGACACUGUCCCAGAGCUAUCAGUAUGAGGUGUGUCUGAUGGGAGGUACUGGGACUGAUGAGUUCAAAUUUCUGAAGCCAAUUUCCCCCAAUCUACCACACCAGUUCCCUGGGAAAGAAAUAGAGGAAAGUCCUACUCUCUACAAUAGUUUGGGGUUAUUUAGUGACCAUAACUGAUGGUAUAUCAUAUGUAUUGCAUCUUAUGGCUAUUCCAUUCGAUGAGUAUUUCUCCCAUUUUGCAUGAUCUUCAAAUCUCCUAGUGUUUGCAUCUUAUUUUGUCCCUCCCACUUUUCAAUUUAUGUCAGCACUGGUAGUAAGAUUGUAGUUUGUUUUGUGGCCAGUUCUCUAGGAUGUCCUAACUUGUAACGAAUUUUCCUCCUUAACACAAAAUCACCCCCAUCUGUCUUUUCCAGUUGCACUUUACCUUCACUUUGCUUAUGAUGAAAUAAACAAACCACUUCAGGAACAA